GGGACAGCAGCCGCGGAGCCGGCGCCGAGAGCGGCUGCUGCCGGAGCGAGCGGCGGAGACAAAAGGCUACGAUAGGACCAGCUGUGAGUGUGUGGAUUUUUGAGUAAAACCUCAAACCCAAAUGAACAGAAACCAUCAAGGAACAACUCCCACUGACAGUGAGUCUGCAGUCAUCUGUAUGCAUAAUACGGAAUGUUCUCAACCCAGAGAGAGCUCUUUUGAAAGGAGUGAGUGACCACCUGUUGAGGCCCUGAGUCAAGAUAACAAUUUUUAUACUUUUCCUGGUGGUUCAGAAACAAGUCUCUGUAGAACCAGAAACAAAGAAAGGAAAUAAUCUGACCUUUUCUUUAUUAGACUGACUGUAAAAGAUACUUGACUUCCAGGAACAAGCACAGAGAAGUAAUAAUUAUUUUGGCAUCAUUGGACGUUGAUCACAUUGAGAAACGUGCUUUGUGAAGCUUCCCGAGUUGAGAUUUGGAAACCUCAUUGGUGCUCGUUUAUAACUUGGACUAUCAGCAUGAGUGAAUUCUGGUUGUGUUUCAACUGCUGUAUCGCAGAACAGCCUCAACCCAAGAGGCGCCGGCGGAUUGACCGAAGUAUGAUUGGAGAGCCCACAAACUUCGUGCACACAGCUCACGUGGGGUCAGGUGACCUGUUCAGUGGGAUGAACUCUGUCAGCUCCAUUCAGAACCAGAUGCAGUCCAAGGGAGGCUACGGGGGUGGCAUGGCUGCCAACGUGCAGAUGCAGCUGGUGGACACGAAAGCCGGAUAGCCCCGGACUCCUCCUCAAAGUGUGAUGGCGUCUUGUUCACCCUGUUGUGAUUGCUCCAGUGACACGUUCCUGUUCUGCUCUGAAGAAACUUGUCAGAAGAAUCCUGCAUUUCCUUCAGCUGGCAUGCAUGCCUUUGGACUCAUGGACAGAGUUCUUUGGAUUGUGGCUUAAUUCUUGAUUUUUAUGAAUAUGGGUCUGAUUUUAGCAUGAUCUUCUUUUGUGAAUGCUAGCACUGUUUUGCAUUCUUCCCCCACAUUUUUCUUUCCACCUUCAACCCCUCUGCCUUAUUGAUUUUAUUGGUAAGCAAAGACCUGCUUUUAUUUGUUAAUUUGUCGCCAUUUAUGUAUAUUUUGGAAGGUAUGCGGCCCGUAAGCACAAUGGUCAUUUCUAUUCAUACGAAACUGCAGCAGAGUAGCGUCUGCAUGCUCUCUGAAACUGCUUGUGUGGGACCCCACAGGAUGCCAGAGAGGGAGAGUGCCUGGCGGCCAUGGGUGGAUGAUACUGCUGCUAUUAGAGAAAGGUGAGCGGUGGCACCGAGUCACAUCAGUUUCACAGAAAAAGGCAACUUGUAGCUUAGUUUAGAAGUGUGACUUUUAUUUAGUUAGAAUUAUAAUAAAAGAAAAGCUUGCAUUCAUAAGGCAUUCAUUCUGUUGUAAAUGUUCGAUCUAUUUAUUUGUGAGCAAGGACCUGGGAUUGUAAACAAACAAGUGUGUUUGAGUGUGUGGUAAUACCCUCCUCCAGUCUGACUCUGAGCAUCAUGUUCUUAGUAGCUGUCCAUUUCUUUGUGCGCUUGGCCGCAGUUUUUACUUGUUUAUGUUGAAUACUGUGGUAUCCAGCUGGCUUCCAGUAGCUGAGUUUCUUAGCCUCUACUUCUAAGCACAGACCCUGGAGUCAUUGGCCUCUCCAUGUUCACAUUUUGGGACAGUGGAAGUUGCCAGGAGCAGCGGUUGAUCUGGCUGUGUGGUUGCCUGUGAGAACAACCUGCAUGGUGACUUAAGGUAUUGCCACGAAUGCUUGGGCUUCAAAGUGUGUGUUCGUCACAAAUUGUAUUUCUAUAAAUGCUCCUCCUAAGGGUGUAGUGCUAAGCCUGGUAGUGGUUUGGUUUCCAUUAGAAAUUUAAAAUCCUAUGUCCAGAAAACAGUAAGGAAUUAGGUAACUGCAUAGAGCGAGAUCGAUCUACAUCUGUUCUCUUCACCUAUUUAGUCAUAAGUUCUUAUUAAAUAGGUAAGUGAAUAAAUACUGGGUUUAUAGAGGUGAAACGUGGCAGGAUUUCUUCCCCCAGUUCUUCUAAGUUACCCUAUACAGCAGGCACUAUUCAGUCCUUUAUUUCUGCAGUUUUGAUCUCCAUAGGUGUCAGUCUCAGAGAAUCUGUCAAGAAAAAACAUUUAUGCUUAGCAAUCAGAAUAGGCAUUUUGCAGUUUAAUAACUUCUAAACUUGAAUUCAUUUAAUGCCAUCAGUUGUGCUGAUACUACGUUCGGGAUGUUGCCUGACUACCAGUGUCCUUGUGUCCCGCAGUCAGGGUCCUGACGGGGACGCUGCAGUGUGUGCGCUCUUUGAAUAACAUGGGUUGUUUUAGUGUUGUCAGUGAUAAUGCUAGUCAGUCUGCUUCUGUUUGGAGUUUAGUACAGAGUUUAUAAUUGUGUAACUCCUAGAACAGUACAGGGAGCCCUGGUCCCUUUUCCCUACUUGAUGAUUUGACGUUAGUCUUUUUCUCAAUCGCUCACUUUCCUGAUUCUCCAAGGACCAAAUUCUCCAGUGAGCACUGGAGUGUGUCUCCAUGGUGAGCCGAAGGCUGCACUCUUCAGCCUCCAAUUGUUCUGCAGCUGCCUCUGGCAGGCACAAGUAGCCACACUGUGCGCAGGAACACAUGCCAAGGAAGGUGCCAAUAAUGACUCAAGAAAAUUACCAAGAAUUUUAAGAUACUAACCUUGGACACAGUUUUUUAAGGGAGUCCACUUUCCCCUGUUGAUAACUAGGUUUUUAAACCUUGGGAUGUCAUUUGCUCCUGAUAACAAUGUGUCUCCUUUGAAAACUGAAGCUAACUAAAUAGAAUUGACUGUUAAUAUUUUGCUGAAACAUGUGCUAACAACUGUUAACUAAUGACAGCAUUCUUAAAAGAGGUGCUUUCCUGUGAUGUAGGCGUGAAGUGGUGCCAAUGAGCAUAGAGUGGAAAUGUGACCUGUGCUGAUGGGGUUCAGCAUUUCCGAUGCAGCAUUAUCAGUGGGCCUUUAAAGAUACUUUGUGAGUAUAUUAGCUCUCACUUUUGUUAUUAAAUUAUAGCAGUUCUAUUAUAGAAAGCAAGUUUGCCUUGAUUUUGUUUAAAAUGACUUCUGCUCAGCACCCAGGAGAUAAAAUUGACAUAUUUUUAUAAU